GAUGUUUACCACGCAAAAACUCGAGUAUUACUAUAUAACUUAUUUUUUAAAUAAACUUUUGUUUCUAUUAAAUGAUUAAGUGAAUUCUUGUUAUAAAAAAUAAGUUAUUCAAGAUAAGAAAAUUGGGUUUAAAUUAAAAAAAAGUUACGCUAGAAUAUCUGCAAAUAGAAGAAAAAUCCUUGAGAUAACAUGGAGGAAGACGUUUGAAAUCCAGAUCGGAUGACUUGAAAUUAAAAAAUGUCAACGGUUUUAAAUCGAAAUAUCGCAAUGUGUCUCCUAUUACAAAGCAUAAACGUGAUUUUAACUUACGGAAAUUUCUUACAAACGAUGACUUCCGACAACUUUCAAUGUCCUCAACAUCCCGAUAAUACCGAAAAAAAUGAUUAUAAUUUUUUGUAUGAUUAUUUAUCGGGAACUGGAUAUCAUAAUUUCAACGAUUCCGUUACGAUCGGGUUUCUUGGGGCUUACGGACAAGCUCAAGUCGCGUUGGGAGCUUUACCAUUAGCAAUAGAUGCAGUUAAUGAAGAUAAAGAUUUGCUUCCUGGAAGAAAAUUAAUAUACAUCGCAGCGGAUAUUGGUACGAAUCCCGCUGGGUCCGGUCUGGCUCGAACUGAUUCAUCGUUAGCGACCAGGGCCAUUAGAAUAAUGACCGAAAUGAGGGAUAAUGGCACCGUUGCUUUCAUUGGUCCGGAUGACACGUGCUCAUCAGAAGCUUUGGUCGCUGCAGCUUGGAAUUUACCAAUGAUUUCAUAUGUAAGCAAAUUUCAGAAAUUAGCAAUUUAAAAGCAACCUAAAAUAAUAUCAUAGUAAUUUUAAGUAUCAAGUAAUACAAGAAUAAUAACCUUUAUUCCCAGAAAUAAUAAUUACAUACUUCCUAAACCUAAGUAUUCCCCAAUAAUAAUAAAGAAACAAUAAAAAUACGCAAAAUAUACAUAAAUUCUUCUCUUAUUUACUUUAAACUUCUCUCUCGAAUCCAAUUUUGGAUAUAGG